AGCUGGCUCGGAAUUGACUGAUCUGAUGUCGGCGGCAACUAUUAGAAGCAACGAAUCGUCAUUUAUUGAUGUAGAAGAGUUCGGAUCAAUUCCCCUUUCCAAGGAAGACGUAGAAAUGUCACUUACGACACACCUGCAUCAGACUCUGCAAAGUCUGCUAAAACUCAACAAACUUGCGUCGGACGAUGUUCAGUCAGAUUAA